CAGUCCUGGUGGAGAGCUGCUGGAUCUCCGAGACCAGGACCAGGACCAGAACAAGAGCGGAAUGGAGGAGGAGCAGCAGAAGCCGGAGCAGCGGAGCAACAAGGUCCCCAGAAGAGCAGCAGCAGGCUCGGCCUCUGAUAGCAGCGGUGUUCAGAAACGGAGAAGAAGAGGGGGACUCGGACAUCACAGCUGUCAGGACUGUGGCAAGUCCUUCACAACAUCUGGCAAUUUAAAGAUUCAUCAGAGAGUUCACACUGGAAAGAAACCAUACAGCUGUGAACAAUGUGGGGCAGCUUUUUCUCAGAGUGGUAACCUUAAAUGUCACCAACGCAUUCACACUGGAGAUACACCGUACAGCUGUGACCAAUGUGGGGCAGCUUUCACACAGUUACAAAACUUAAAAUCCCACCGACGUGUUCACACUGGAGAGAAGCCGUUCUGGUGUGAUCAAUGUGGGAAAACUUUUUCUGAGAGUGGUAACCUUAAAGUCCACCAACGCAUUCACACUGGAGAGAAGCCAUUCUGGUGUGAACAAUGUGGGAAAACGUUUUCUCACAGUAGUGCCCUUAAAGUCCACCAACGCAUUCACACUGGAGAUAAGCCGUUCUGGUGUGAACAAUGUGGGAAAACCUUUUUUGACAGUAGUAGCCUUAAAAGACACCAACGCAUUCACACUGGAGAUAAACCGUACAGCUGUGACCAAUGCGGAGCAGCUUUCAAACAGUUAUCUAACUUAAACUCCCACCGACGUAUUCACACUGGAGAGAAGCCGUACUGGUGUGAACAAUGUGGGAAAACUUUUUCUCACAGGAGUACCCUUAAAACCCACCAACUCAUUCACACUGCCUCCUCUUGAACAUGUUCUAAAGCCAAGCUGUUGUUAGAGAUGAGAGAGGGAACAAAUAGCGUGAGUCAAGACACUGUUUACUAGUGAUGGUCAAAUGAAGCUUGGUGAACCACUGUCUUUAUUUGCUGUGCUCACUAGAUGG